AUGAUACUACCUGAAACAUUUCGCUUAGUGGGUGGCACUGAACUUAGGAACGCCCCUAAGGGUCUCUCCUCGCGAACCUACUUUGGAGCUAGGCAGCCAGGCUAUGGUCAAUCCGCCGCAAAUGUUGAGAUGGCGCAGGUGUCACACCCUGAUCUGCCUAAACACUACGUGCAACUGCCAGCACAAUACCCGGCCUUGCAAAAACACCACGCACCGGCGCUAGGUACACAGUCUGUGCGGGCUCUAGAUGCGCGUCAAAUAGAUUUGAACAUUUGCCCAUUUGACGGAAAGGAACUGUACCAGGGAUUGGGUCAGUGUCUCUAUCGUGGGGACAUCUUUUCGUGCAACAGAUCUUGCUCGCACAGCGUGCGAUCGCUCCCGUGGAUUGACGGCGUAUGGGGCGACAAAUUUGAACAUCGCUUGGCAGGAAUGGCUGAGAGGUACUAA